CAUCCAAUCAUAAAGCACUGUUCAAAUGACCAUCAUGGCAGCGCCCAGUGAUAAUUUACGCUCUCUCUUCAAUAAAGUACAAAAGCACAUCACACUUUUACGGGGCAAGGUACUUCCUACAGCAUUGUGCGAGUUUGCGGCGAAGACAGAACGGGCGGAUCCAGAUGCACUACGAGAGGUUUUCCUGAAGUACACGUCUGUGGAGAAGAAUGGGGAGCGGUUUAUGACACCGGAUGAUUUCGUUCGCGGCUACCUGGGACUGUACGCGGAGGAGAACUACAACAAGGAGACUGUCACCUUCCUCGCCAGCGCUGCAGAUUACACGAAGGAUGGCCUCAUAUCGUUCGAUGAGUUUCACUCGUUUGAGGGCAUCCUCACCGCGCCGGACGCGAUGUACCUGUUUGCGUUCCAGCUGUUUGAUACGAACGGCUCGGGCGGGGUCUCCUACGGCGAGUUUCAAGAGAUCUUUAGCCACACAGAUCUUCACAAACAGAUCCCGUUCAACUUUGACACAAACUUCGUCAAGAAUCAUUUCGGCGAGGAAAAGAUGCGAAGCGUCAACUACUACGAGUUUUCGCAGCUGCUGCACGUCGCGGGACGAGUUCCUGCAUCAUGCUCAGGAUGUUCACCAGGUGACGCACUCAAGAUCGCCAUACUCUUCCAGUCUCGCACAGCAGGAGAUCCCACGGGGCGGCUGACGUACCAGGACAUCAUGAAGAUUGCUCCACUAGUUGUAGAGAAGAUGCCCUACAGUCUUAUACAGGUGCAAGCUGUAUCGGAUCCAUCCGAGAGGAGCUUCCUCAUCCAGGUCCUCGAGAACGCAUACAGGUUCACGCUCGGCGCCAUUGCCGGUGCGAUGGGAGCGUCGGCGGUGUACCCGAUCGACCUCGUAAAGACGCGACUGCAGAACCAGCGGUCGGCGUUCGUCGGUGAGGUCCUCUACAAGAACUCGUUCGACUGCUUCCGCAAGGUGCUGCGCCAUGAAGGUGUGCUGGGUCUCUACAGAGGUCUAUUACCACAGCUGGUCGGCGUAGCACCUGAGAAGGCCAUCAAGCUGACAGUCAAUGAUUUGGUGAGGGAUAAAUUCAGGCGUCCGUCCGGAGAAAUCGCACCAUGGUCGGAAAUCAUAGCUGGAGGUUGUGCUGGCGGCUCUCAAGUGAUGUUCACCAACCCGCUCGAGAUUGUCAAGAUUCGCCUCCAGGUGGCAGGCGAGUUCUCGUCCGCCGGACCCCGGAUCGGCGCGCUCAGCGUCAUACGAGAUCUUGGAUUCCUGGGCCUCUACAAGCUUCUCGCUGACGCCACGGCGAAGAUGCUGCUGGCCGACGAGAACGGACACAACGCCCCCUGGACGCUGUUUACCGCCGGCUUCAUCGCAGGCAUGCCGGCGCCGUCACUGACCACACCCGCGGAUGUCAUCAAGACGCGGUUACAGGUGCAGGCUCGCGCCGGACAGACCGUCUACACGGAGUAUCGACUGUGCUUCCGCGAAGAUCUCUGGAGAGGAAGGCGGCAAGGCGUCUGGAAGGGCGUCCGAUGUGACAGGAGUCUAUCAAAGAUGUAA